AUGGAACCAGUCUCUUCUUGGGGAAACAAGCAUCUUGUCUCCGUUGAUCCGGAGAUCCACGGCCUAAUCGAGAAGGAGAAACGUAGGCAAUGUCGAGGAAUCGAACUCAUCGCAGCCGAGAAUUUCACUUCCUUGGCCGUCAUGGAAGCUCUAGGAAGUCCACUCACAAAUAAAUACUCUGAAGGUAUGCCUGGAAACCGUUACUAUGGAGGUACCGAGUUCAUCGAUGAGAUCGAGAGUCUCUGCCGCUCACGCGCUCUCGAGGCAUUCCAUUGCCAUCCGAAGAAAUGGGGAGUUAACGUUCAGCCUUACUCUGGUUCCCCUGCUAAUUUCGCCGCCUACACGGCUUUGCUCCAGCCUCAUGAUCGUAUGAUGGGGCUUGAUCUGCCUUCAGGUGGUCAUUUGAGUCAUGGUUACUAUACCUCUGGUGGGAAGAACAUCUCUGCCACCUCUAUCUACUUUGAUAACCUUCCCUACAAGGUUGAUUCCUUUACUGGUUACAUUGAUUACGACAAGCUUGAGGAGAAGGCUAUGGAUUUUAGACCUAAGUUAAUCAUCUGUGGAGGUACUUCUUACCCUAGGGAAUGGGAUUACGCGAGAUUUAGGGCUGUCGCGGAUAAGGUUGGAGCUGUUUUGCUCUGCGACAUGGCUCAUAACAGUGCCCUCGUUGCUGCUCAGGAAGCUGCUGACCCGUUUGAGUAUUGUGACAUUGUGACAACCUCAACUCACAAGAGCUUGAGAGGUCCAAGGGCCGGUAUGAUCUUCUACAGGAAGGGACCAAAACCCGCCAAGAAAGGCCAACCCGAGGGAGCAGUUUACGAUUUCGACGAAAAAAUCAACUUUGCUGUAUUCCCUGCGCUUCAAAGCGGUCCUCAUAAUAACAAGAUUGGUGCUCUAGCUGUUGCAUUGAAGCAGGCUAUGGCUCCUAGCUUCAAGGUUUAUGCAAAACAGGUGAAAGCCAAUGCUGCUUGCCUUGCAAGUUACCUAAUGGGAAAAGGAUAUUGUAUUGUAACCGGUGGAACUGAUAACCACCUUAUUCUAUGGGAUCUUCGUCCUCUUGAUUUAACCGGUAACAAGCUUGAGAAGCUUUGCGAUUUGUGCUACAUUACGUUGAACAGGAAUGCAGUAUUUGGUGACACUAGUUUCCUUUCUCCUGGAGGUGUAAGAAUUGGUACACCUGCGAUGACAUCGAGAGGAUUGGUGGAGAAGGACUUUGAGAAGAUAGGGGAGUUCCUGAGCCGUGCCGUGACACUCACGUUGGCCAUUCAGAAACAGUAUGGUAAGGUGACGAAGGAGUUUAACAAGGGUUUGGUGAACAACAAAGAGAUCGAUGAGCUGAAGGCUGAUGUCGAGAAGUUCACUUACUCUUUUGAAAUGCCUGGAUUUCUCAUCUCUGAGACGAUGUAUGAUUAGAGACCUCUCUGUA